AUGGCCGUUGGGUUGGUCGUGGCUUAUACCGGAAAAUCAUUGGAUUCUUAUCUUUUCUCUAAACAUGCGGAGUUCAAAUUCUCUUCACGGAUGGGAGGUCUGAUUAUAUCUAUCUAUCCCAGUUUGUUCGUAUCUAUCUAUCUAUCUAUCUAUCUAUCUCUCUAUCUAUCUAUCUAUCAUUCUUUUAUAUCUUCUAUCAUUCUAUUCAUAUCUAUCUACCUUUCAUAUCUAUCUAUCUAUUCAUCUAUCUAUCUAUCUAUCUAUCUAGUCUGUUCUUAUCUAUCCCAGUUUGUUCGUAUCUAUCUAUCUAUCUAUCUAUCUAUCUAUCUAUCUCUAUCUAUCUAUCUAUCAUUCUUUUUAUAUCUAUCAUUCUUUCAUAUCUAUCUAUCUAUCUAUCUAUCUAUCUAUCUAUCUAUCUAUCGCAGUCUGAUUGUAGCUAUCUAUCCCAGUUUGUUCGUAUCUAUCUAUCUAUCUAUCUAUCUAUCUAUCUAUCUAUCUAUCUAUCAUUCUUUUUAUAUCUAUCAUUCUGUUCAUAUCUAUCUACCUGUUCUUAUCUUUCUUUCUUCCUUUCUAUCUUUCAUAUCUAUCUAUCUAUCUAUCUAUCUAUCUAUCUAUCUAUCUAUCUAUCGCAGUCUGAUUGUAGCUAUCUAUCCCAGUUUGUUCGUAUCUAUCUAUCUAUCUAUCUAUCUAUCUAUCUAUCUAUCUAUCUAUCUAUCUGCUGUUUUGUGUUACUUUAUGAAAAUUUAUAUCACCGAGGAUAUUUUUUGA